AUGGUGAAAAAGCCAAUAGAUUUUGAUAGUACUAUAAGACAAAAUGGAGAAACCGUUAAUAGUGUACCACAGAUUCUUGACAAGUUUAUGUUAUACAUUGCUUUUUUGAAGCAAAUGUAUUCUGGUGUUAAAUUCCGCAAAACGUCAUUGCGUUUUAAAAUGUGA